UUUCUCCUUUCCAAGACUUUACAAUGCAGAGGAAACUGGCAGCAGCUGUCCUCUUUGCAGCCCUGUGCGGUGAAAUUUGUCUCUCCCGGAAAGUGGGCAUCUCCCCAUCUAAGCGGUUUAAGAAGCCAUACACCAAACGGCCCAGCAGGACCACAUCGCCUCUCCAGAAAUAUCUGUGCCACGGGGGUCAAAUGAUCGACGGUGUGGAACUGCAGCCGAACGACACCGACUAUUACAGGGAUAACUGGAAGGAUUUUCCAGACGGACUUUAUUACCCCAACUGCUCCUUGUAUCGGGAGCCGAACGUAAGCAAAGAAGCCCUGGUUGGCGAGUGUGUCACUUUUGUGACGCCUUCGACCAAGCUGAACCUAUCUCUAGGAAAAGAUGCGAAUGACCCAAAGCAGAGAGUGAUGUGGUUCGUGAUUAACCACUUGUGUGCCAACGAAUCGUGCAGUCAGCCGUGCCCACAGCGCUCUAACGCUGGAGCCCUCCAUUUUUUCAGUCAAGCCCUGAUUAUUGGCCUGCUUGGUUGCUCUGUUCUUUCCGCAAAAUAAAGUUGCAGGGUCCAAGCUCCUGGUGUUGAAGAUAGAGCUGUGUAGUUCCCACUCCGCCCCACCCCACCCCACAUCUAGCACUUUGGAUCGUCCCCAAUAUGACUUGGGCUGAUCCAAGGCUAAACCCAGAUCCAGGACUGGAAUCAAUUCUAUUGCUUAAUUAGGGUUUUAAGUCCUUGAAACAUUGUGUCUCCUCGCCCCGCCCCUGCUGCAUUAAUCAGGUUUUUUAAACCCUAAUUUAAAAAUAUGAUCUGUAGGGAGUUGGGGGAAGGAGGAGACACUGUGUCUCCUCCGUCCUUUAAUUGCACCUUCUGCACAUCAGCUGAUGAGUGGAGGUUUCAAUGCAGCUGGGAGCUGCUCCACCAGCACGUUCUCCACAGGGAAUGUGCUGGAAGGGCAGAGCUUGGAGAGGCUGCCUGCCUCUCCUUCUUCCCUACAACUGUCUGUCUGCCCUGCCUUUUGACAGCCCUGAAUCACUCCAGAUGGACCGACAUUAGGCAAUCCAGGGCUGUCCCAACAGCCCAUCUAAACAAAGCCCAGAAUUGGCAUGAUAUGGUUCAGGACCCGUCAUAGCUGCCAAGUUUUCCCUUUUCUCGCGAGGAAGCCUAUUCAGCAUAAGGGAAAAUCCCUUUUAAAAAGGGAUAACUUGGCAGCUAUGGGACCCGUGCUUUGACCGGUUCCAGUGCUUAGCCCUAGUAGAAACCAAAGAGGGGGCAAGCAGGCAGCAAAGGCUUCCAGUAACAUUGCCAUUUUCCAUGCUUGAAUUUCUACUGCAUCAGGCGCACCAGUUAUAUUAGUUGUAGGUAUGCACGAGUCAGAUCUUUCCCCCGCCAUCAGCUUUGCCAUUAUCUCCCGCACAUUUGAAGGAAGUACGCAAAUUGCUAGAGCAGCACAGUGCUGAACCUCUGGCAUAUUUGAAGCCACAAUAGUAAAAGUUAUUUGCAUUUGGUCCUUGCCCCACAGAACGAGAAGUGCAGGGCCAGUCGGAUGGAGUGUUUGCUGCUCGCUCAGUGACUUUUGACAUCUUCCCAUGACGAGUGAGUGAGCUCCUGCCUGAUUCAGCACAGAUGACAGAUUUACUUAGGGCUGUUUGGAGCUGCUUACUAUAAAACCAUCAUUCCCUGCAGUGCACACAUUCCUUUUGCUGUGUUCUCUGAGCAAUAACUGAAAGGAGCUUUCAGGAAUGUUCAGUGGUGAUUUCAUAUACAUGUAUCUGCAAUGAUCCUAGGUGGUGUUUUUUCAAAAAGCUAUUCAAAGUCCAUCAUUGUCCUUAUUUUCCACUGUGAAAUGUCAAGAUUGCAUUGGCCAUCUGUUUUAGCAUAUCUUUUAUGUAUUCUAAGCAUUCACUUAUACUGUAGUAGAAUUCAAGAUUUGUGAA